GAGAACAGUAAGGAGUUGUCUUCAUACGCUAAGAACUACUUGCCAAUCCUGUUCAAUUUGUACACCGCUGAAGAAAAGGAAGGUGACCCGGACAAGUUACCAAUCCUGGAAACUAUCAGAGUCUAUCUGUCCAUCACUGACUCAAAGGUUAGUUUAAUAGGGGCUGUCCCUGGACAAAUCAACAAUUGAAAAGCUAGUAGUCCUGUUCUUAUUUGUCUAUAACACAUUCAAAGAGUAGUAUUCCUGUGUAAGUCCGUAUUAAUGCUGCAUGCACAUAAAACCCAAGAACAGUCGAAGCACUCGCAAGUGACCUCCUCGGAAAUUUGAAAAAUUGGUAGUAACCAAAUCUACAAGAUCUUCAAAAAAACUAAUUCCUAAAGAAAAAACAGAAGAAAUUAAUCUUUAAUGAGGGUCUUUAAUGAUCUGAUAUAGACAUGGCUAAACUUUACGUCCAAUUUUUUAGACCAAAAUAACCCCAAAUCUUAAAAUUAGUGCAAGAAUGAGUUGAGUGGUCGCUCACGGGAGCUUAAAAACAUAGGAAAAGUCCAGUUGUGUAAUCCCAAAUGUGAUCGCGGUCGGUUAUGGGAGUGGUCACUUACGAGAGAGGUUGCAAGGAGAGCUUUGGCCGUAGAGCAAAUAGUUGGUUACAGAACAGAAGUUUUCUACUCUGUGAUCAUUAUCGCUAAAUGAUUCCGAUAUUACUGAGUAUUUUAUAUCUACAGGUUGCUGUUAUUAGGUUUAUUACUCUGCAUUGAAAAAAGUUUUAGCAGUGCAGUAGCGUUUUUUCCAUAUGGUUUAAAGUUGUGUACCACAGAAGGCUAUUGUUGGAGCAACGUUUUCUUUUUCAGAAAAAAAAAAAGAAAAAUGUUGAUCAUGGUCCAGCAACGAGGAUCUGUUACCUAGUUUAUUUCUCUAUUUGUCUGUUUCUCUAUGUCUUUAUUUAUGUUUAAACUCGUAUUCGAUCGAGAAUUGACCUCCAGUAUUAACAGUUUGCUGACAGGCUAGUGAUAAUACCUGAAGGCGUUUGCAAAUACGUUUACCUAUGGUGUUUGAAUUUUUACCUUUUUAUGUAGUUGGUAGCGACAUUCUUUGCCAAGGGAUUAGAGAAGCUGUCUAGUGGCGAAAGAGAUACAAAGUCAAGGUAUGUUUACAUAUGACAAACGAUUCAUCCGUUAAAAUCGUCCAUUAUGGUCAAGUUUAGUCUCAUGUGUAGAUGGGAAUAGCUGAAUCUCUCUUAUAAUAUUUCUGUAUCACCUGUUUUGAUCCAUUUAUUAAUUUCCUUUCUAAGUCAAGAAAUGUAAAGUUACUAGAGUGACAAGAUGGCUUAGUGUUAAGUUGUCGCCAACCCACAACCCCAGGCAAAAUAGUUGGGACACUUGGUUGAUCCCCCCUCCCCCAAAGAGAAUGAUAAGGUUACGCUGGCUGUUAUCGAACCCUUUCAUCCUAGUUUGCAUGUCUGCAUCAUUAGAUGGUGAUGCUUAUCCAUUAGCCUUGUAGCAAAUUUGAAAAAGGGGACAGUAAUUGUAACAGAACCUACACUGCUAAACAGAUCUUGAUGGGUUUCUACUAGUGAUCGUAGUGAUUCGUCCACUGGGCGCAAAUGUGUUCUUCUGAGUAGACUGGCUGCUGAGUCAUUCAUUCGUCACAAAGUUGUAAUGUUAAUUGUAGGAACUUGAUGAUGGACUUGGUUAUAGCAAUGACUCCGUACGUCAACGAGAAAAAUAUAGGGAUCCUGUAUCACAUGGCUGUGCCGUGGUUGCAGGUUGGUAUUUUCGUUUCAGUGCAAUUUAUAUUGCUGUGCUAUUCUACGAAAAUGUAAAUACAAGUAAGUGGUUUUAAGAAUUCAGAAAUAAAUGGGAGAUAUUACUUUACUAUGACUGGUUUCUCUUUAUAGCAUAUUAUGGCUUUAUACAGAGGCCAACACUCACUUUUGUAUUGAUUAAUACCUUUAGUCACUCCCACCUGUAAACAAGAUAGUUUUUUUGACAGGUAUAACUUGAGUAAUCUAACUUGCAAAAUCCUAGGGGUUGUGAACAGCAUCUCAGCUUUUGUUCUAGAAUAUAUCAGUGGCGAAUAGUUUGGGAAAACAAACAUACCACACAAAUGUUUAUGUUUAUCUUCAAGGCAACAGAUGUCACUCAGCAGAAAAAAGCUUACCGAAUCUUGGAACAGAUUUGUGGCGCUGAUUCUGAGAGUAGCCUGAAAUUUGUUGUGUCCCAUCUGAAGGAGCUUCAAGACAUCUUACUCAAGACUCUUGCAUCAUCCAGCUCCGCCUCCAAGACUGUAAGUUCUACAAGCCUAGCAAAAUAUAACUGGUGGACUUACUAUACAAUAUAGGACUAUUUUGUAAAACUACAGAAAACUCGAACAGGAUACAUUCACAGCAUAGGGAGGCCUUAGAUCCAGCUUUGUUUUGCUUUACUCUUUAUUAUCCGGGGCCUUACUUAACAACAAACUGAUGUAAAACAGGAACAAAGUGUGAAGUCGACUCUUUUGUCUUGUCUUACGGGGAGUAUUGGGUGGGUCUAACUCAGAGCAAACUGUUUUUUUUUUUUUUAAACAGGAUUGUUCAAUGCCGAUUAUCACCUGAUGGUCCUUCUUAUCCUAACUAAAAAUCUAUUCAUCAUUUUAUUCAUUUUUAACACUCGUUUCACAGGUAGCCGAAGCUCGAAAUAUGAGCGUGGGUGAACAUCGGCAUUGUUAUGUAACAUUCGAAAUACAAGGAUUUGUAUGGGACAAAACCUAUCGUUUCUGUAACCUACGAAAAUGAAAGGAUUUCAAUAAAAAAACACCUUACCUUAACUUAAAAUGUUACGUCUCUCCUGUGUGGUCCACGGGCCGAUUUAUGGGUUUUUCUGUAAACGGUCUUCUCUCUAUAUAAAGGUUUACCAAGGUUGGGCACUCCAGCAAAGCGGCCUGACUGGUCCACCGAAGGAAAACGGCUGUAAAUUCGCUCCAACUGCUCAAAUUGCCUCCAAAUUCCGCCAAAUUGCGCCUGUUCCGAUUGGAACAGUUGGAGCGAAUUUACAGCCGUUUUCCUUCGGUGGAUCAGUCGGGCCGCUUCGCUGGAGUGCUUGGUAAACCUUUAUAUAUAGAGAAAACCGUUUACAUAAAAACCCAUAAAACGGCCAUAAAUCUGCUCGUAGACCACAGAAAUAGAUUAUUUAUCUGUUCUGUUUGCCCUCAGUGUUUUAGCUGGCACAAUCAAAGAAGGCACAGUGACAGAUGAUAAAUUACUUGAUUUGGCCAGAGAUGUUUUUACCUUUUGGAAAAACCUGGCAGAAACGAUAGGUUUUUGUUUAUAUUGCGAAUGUUACGCAACAAUGUCUAUGUUCAUCGAUGCCAUCAUUUCGAGCCUGGGCUACCAGUGCUCGUUUCUGUCAUUUUUGCCAAAGUGCUUUUGUAUAAAUUGUGUUCAUUGUCAAUAUUUUGUCAACAUUGUUAUCGUAUGAUGGGCCCUAAUUGUUGAGUUGAUAAUAGGACAUAAUUUCUUUUUUACGUGUUAUAUUUCAGCCCCGCCUUCGUUGUCUAGCUCACAUCGUUCGUAGAUUAGACAAACCUGAACAAUUCAUUCAAGCAAUAAUCCCAGAGGUAAGUUUGUUCACAAAGCAAGCAAUUUUGACCUAUCUAUUGUGUUUGUUACUUUCAUCAUUAACAGGGUAAAUGAAGUCCUUCUGAUGAAUUAACUGCUUUAAAACUGAUUUCAACUAUUUUUGAAAAGGGUUUUGGUGGGGAAAAAGGACAUAAUAAAGUCGCCUCCCAAGACAGGAGGGGGGAUGUUGACUCUAUUUGUUCAGGUUGUAAGGUUAGAGUAGACCAAAAAGCCAAGACUCAGCUGGCACGUUGUGACAGUUGCUAAGAGAACGAUCGGCAUUCUGAACAUAAAAAUUACUUUUCAUUCAUUGUGGAAUGCACAUGUCAGAUUGAACCAAUAUUGGAAUUUUUCAUCCCAUUAAAUAAUGCCACAGAUGCUACUUUUGACAAGCCACUAAUCCUUGUACAUAGUGAACUGUAGGGAAUUUUGUUCUUUCAUUUGGGUUACCUAGAGCACCACGUUUCCUCCAUAUUCUUUGGCAACAUCUUAUUCUGGGCAGAUUGCAUCUUCUUCCUUUCCACUUCAUUUGACAUAAAGCAUUAUUUUGUCUUAAGGAUCUAUAUAAUGCAAUGUGAUCUCUAAAUUUUUCCCCUCAAUUAGGUCAUCCUUUGCACUAAAGAGGUUGCAGUCAAGGCUCGUUCCUCUGCAUUCACCCUGUUAAUCGAGUGCUGUAAUGCCCGUUUCCGUUCCUCUGACAAGUCAAGACAAGGUAACGUUCACUUAUUAAAUCGGUUUCAAAAUGGUUACAAUACCGAGAUAGGAUAUACAUUUGAACAAAUUACAAGAACGAGUUGCAAUGGUGCGGGACACAUACCAGGGCGAGGCUCCAAUUUAGGUUUGACCUUAAGAAAGCUACACAAAUACUAACUAUGCUAAAUAGCAUGACAUCUCGACAUUUAUAACACUACAAAAAGUAUAAAAAUUCUAUUUCCAAGUACUGUGAGUAACACUUCACUCCCACAGCUGCUAAAAAGUGUCAGUAGCAGUAGUUGCCAGUUAACAGAACAUUACGUGACCUGUUGCAUUUGCAGCAGAUCGACUUCCAGGUGUUAAAGUUAGGGAAUUUAACAUCCCUAUGAAUGGCGAACUUCUGUCAAAGAUAUGUCAUCUUCAUGUGUGGUUUGUUGUACUUUUAAUUUUCUCGUAUUAUUGAAUUAGCUCCGUGGAAGUUGGAAAACAAAUAACAAUGAAUAUGCAAAAUUCUAAGAAUCACUUCUUUUGCACUGUGUUCCAAUCUUCCCAAAACGUGAAUUUUCCUUUUGUUUUCCUAAAGCUUGUUUUUGUUGUUUGUUUGAAAUCGGCUUUCAUUUGUAGUAAGACCAGAUGGAUAAUCCACAAUUACAAAAGCAGAUCCACGCAAACAGAGCAUGGCAUGUCUGAAUUUUGGAGCGUUUUUGUCGGUGACCAGUGUUAAGCUAACUAACGUUUUGACAAGCAAAGUGACCCGCUUGUCUUUAGACUCAGAUUUUUUUUUACAACCCUUACUUACAGCCUCGCUUGUACUACUUGGCUUUUGUUCAUUUGGAAGAAGACAUGGCUAAGUCGAGUUUUUUCCUUUUAGCCUCACAGGUGGCGUAUUAUUAAUUAUGAUUUGCUUUGUCCUUUUGCUAGAAUGCCUGACGUCAUUCCUGGAGCUGGUUGUUGCUGGUAUCGCUGGCUCGCCUCAUAUGAUUAGUGCAACGGUUAUUUCUGUUGCCAGAGUGGUAUAUGAAUUUAGAAGUAAGUGUGGUGAUACCGUGGAACCUCUCCUUUGGGACACCUAUUAAAUGGACACCUCUAUUCAGGGGACACAACAUUUAGUCCUGGAAAAAAAAGUUCACAUAAAUUUUGUAUCUGCCACCUCUAUUGAAGGGAUACACCUUUUCUGGGUCCCAGAGGAUACGUCAGCACUUAAAACGUGACUGGCCACAAAGAGGGUUGAUAAGUUUAAGUGUACACUAAUCACAUUAAUGACAGCGAUCACAAACUGAACUAUCUCAUUUAAAUCAAUGCACUGUACUUGUGAAAAUUCAACCCCAAUAUCGUAGAGAUAACGUUAUUAUCAUUUUUUGUACAUUAUCUAGCUACUUUAAGAUGACUGCAGCAGAUUCUAGGGCAGAAUGAAAAAUGUAUAUAUUGCCUUUGUUUCUUAACUAUUAACAAAUCCCAGCCCAACCUCCAUUCAGGGAACACCUCCAAUUUAUAUAUUUAGCCCAGGCUAAAAAGCAAAGCUCUCGUUACUACACUUAUAACUUACUCACACAAAAAUAAGAUCGUGUAAUGCUAAACGGUGGUGAUGUCAUUGAGAACUGCAAGAAAACAACAACAAUAGGUCUAAUUAGCAAAACAAAACAACAACAACUUUGCACGUGCAGCACACUUGCAAAAGAAACGACAACAAGUUGCAUGACUACAACGAGAAAAUUUCUAGUUACACGUUUUGUGGAGGAUAUGUCGUAUUUUCUCACCAAGAAAAAAGUAAUGCUGCUAGUGUUCCUGUUCGCUUUCUUUCUCACUGCCGCUUAUUUAAACCUUACUGGCCGCUAACGUUUCUCAUUUUCUCCGUUACCACCGCUAUUAAAUUUUUCAUGUUGUGUUUCUAACGAAAUUCAUCUCCUUUGUUUUUAUCGCUCGCUCUAGCUCUUUCUCUGUUAUCCACGUCAGCCGAGACAUUAAAAUUUAGUCGGAAAAGAGACUCGGCUUGUUGUUUUUUCUCUCUAAGAUGACUAACAUGGACGUCUAUCACUAAGUUAAACACAGGUUGCAGGGUCCACUCAAAGUAAAAAAGGUCAUUUCACAUUGGUUUAUUAUGGGUUAUUCUGUAGUGCGGACGGAUGGGCGUACAGUCACGUGACUACCAAAAUUUCUCAGAUGCAUGGAUAACCCAAAUUUUCUCACCCAUUCUCUGUACAUCAAGCCCUUUGCUUAGGUUUCUUGAAGCUUUUUUUGCUGUUUUGUUGUUGCUUUCUUUUUGCUUCUUCUUGUUGUUUUUUCAAAAGUGACACUGCCACCUCGACUUUUACCUAUCACGUUCUUGACACCCAGAGAGCCUAAACUGCGCGUCUAUUAGUAGAUUUAAUGGUGAAGGCAGCGGACUUCUCACUCGGUUUGUUUCUUUUGGGUGCAGGUGAGAUUCCCAGUGUGUUGUUGGAACAGCUUAUUCAGGGUAUCCUUGUUUGCCUGCGGUCUGUUGCUAGAGAGGUGAUCAAAUCGUGUCUUGGGUUUUUUAAGGUAACGUAAUAUCUGUGUUUGUUCUAUUGUCAUUUUUGGGACACGCCCUGAGAGUGAAACAAAGUAGAUUACUAUGAUUACUAUGGUGUAUCCCCAUUCACUUUCGAAGCCAUUUAUGGUGCGACCAUUCAAAGGUAACCUUUAUGGCAGAAACGUUAGAUGAAAGCGUUUAUUUUUCUGUAUUUCUAUAACUCUUAAUUUGGAACGUUUUUUUUUUCCAAUCUUAUAUUUUGAUAUUCUGAGGUAGAAACAGAUUAAAAGAGUUACAAGAGAUCCGGUAGAAGGGAAGAAAAAUUCAGCCGCUGUAGCGCUACCUAAGUUACGUAAAAUCCAACCUUUUUUUUGGCUAUCACUACUAGUAGGUAGCCGCGCCUACUUCUUCGCAAAUGUUUGCAAUCGUGCCUUUCCCUUUUUUUUGGCAGAUUAUCAUUUCUGUUAUGAGUCAGCAGGACUUACUUCCGUAUGUUCCAGAUAUUGUAAGUAGAAAGUAGUCAAAGGAGGUGGAUAUAAUGUCCGUAGAAACGUUUUUCUCUCGUUUUACUCAAUGUUGAGCGCUUCAGUUCAUUUUAUGGUCAUGCACUUACUGCCCCUGCGUUCUAGGGUGAAUAGAAUUUAUUUCGUUUGGCGUAUCUGAAAUGAAGUAAGUCAACUACAGUCGUAUUGGAAUAUGGGAUCUGUCAUUUCCAUUUUGGGUACGAAAUUGUGGGAGGGAGGGGAAGGGGAAAACAAAGGCGUAUUUAAUUGCAUUGCCUCGUGAAAAGUUUCUUGCAUAGAGACGCUGUGUCAACCAUCCGUAUUUUGUAAAUAUUACCUAAGGGAUCUUUUUUCUUGUUUUGAUUUUGUAUUUUUUUGCUUUGGUUCUCGUGUUUUGUAUUUUUUUUUUCAUAUAUAUAAUUAUAUUUUUUUGGUGAAAGGUUUGAACCCAGGAGUCAUUUCAAGUUGAGUUUGAUCGUCCGGGUGAACGUAGUCCUGAAUAGCGCUGUUGUUGACAGUGACUGACGUUUCGACAACCUGUACGGUAGUUUUUAUUUUUAUAUUUUUUCUCUUUAGGUUGGCGGCCUAGUCGCCUGGAACGAUGACACUAGACGGCGUUUUCGGUUUAAUGUGAGAGUUCUAUUUGAGCGGCUAAUCAGGAAAUUUGGGUGAGGAAUAGAUUAGUCUAGUAUAUAGUUUAAGAGUAACUUAACACGGCAUACAAAUCUCCUUUUCUCUUUUGUCUUCACCAAGGAAAUUGCCACUUCAGAAAAUCUAGGGAGAAUGUUUACAUACUUUGGGUGCAGUGAUUUCUUGGAUCGAUUAGUUGGACAAGCAUUGGUUUCGAUUGGUCGAUGGUAUUCAAGACAGCCAUUAACCAAUCACAAGUAAGCAUUGUCCACCCAAAUGAUCCUAGGGAUCGUUGUGCCGAAUGCUUGUAUCCAUUCCCUAUAUAGUUUCUAGAAUGGGUAGUUAUCAACCUCUCACGGAUCAAACUAUCUCCAUUUCUAUUUUAUUUUAUCUUNUGUCUUCACCAAGGAAAUUGCCACUUCAGAAAAUCUAGGGAGAAUGUUUACAUACUUUGGGUGCAGUGAUUUCUUGGAUCGAUUAGUUGGACAAGCAUUGGUUUCGAUUGGUCGAUGGUAUUCAAGACAGCCAUUAACCAAUCACAAGUAAGCAUUGUCCACCCAAAUGAUCCUAGGGAUCGUUGUGCCGAAUGCUUGUAUCCAUUCCCUAUAUAGUUUCUAGAAUGGGUAGUUAUCAACCUCUCACGGAUCAAACUAUCUCCAUUUCUAUUUUAUUUUAUCUUAUUAUUUAUUAAUUUGUUCGUUUAUUAUUUGGCCAAUGAAUCUUAGUGCAUGCUCUAUCUGUGCAUCUCAUAGUUAUCACACUAUCUACAAGUGCACUCCUGAGCAACAUCAAAAGUUGGUUCACAAUAUACACAAGACAACACAGAGACUGAAGCGACAGAAAAUGGCUGCCAGAAGAGAUAGGAAUUCGGUAAGCAUGUUGUACGAGAAAUAUAGCACAUCUCCAGGGCAAUUCUACUCUUAGAGUAAGCAAAGCGUUCUAUUUAUCCGAUUUACAUAUAUUCCUGAUGGUACGUGGUGGCCAAGCUUUUAAUACCUCUAACUUCAGAUCGUAGGUCCGAGUUCGAACCUUGCCAACGCAAUUCUUAGAAAACAAAAACAAAACAAAACAAAAAAACUCUGCUCCGCCAUGUCCCUCUUCACUCACGUGUAUAAUAAAAAAUGCCUUUCACGUGAUACAAACCACCAUGCUGGAGAGCAAGGGGCAUGCUGGGAUAAAAGAAAGAAACAAAGAGCUCGCACUAUCUAAAAUAGUAAUUUCCUUUGUUUGUUUUGUCCCAUUGCGUUUGUUGCCAGCUAGCAUAGGGGUUCUGUAACACGUGAAUGAUAAGCUACAAAGGGCCAGAUGGGUACACAUACGACUUAUUGUGGCCACGGAGUGGCAUAUCGUCCAAACAGGAGUAGCAGUUUUCCUGUAAGUGCUUCUUGUUAUGGGUCUCAUGGCUUGUGGGUGGCUUAACCGUUACAGAGGCUAACAAUUUAACACGAACAGUUUAUAACUGAACAUGAAUGAACUGAACGUGAAUGAUAAGCUACAAAGGGCCAGAUGGGUACACAUACGACUUAUUGUGGCCACGGAGUGGCAUAUCGUCCAAACAGGAGUAGCAGUUUUCCUGUAAGUGCUUCUUGUUAUGGGUCUCAUGGCUUGUGGGUGGCUUAACCGUUACAGAGGCUAACAAUUUAACACGAACAGUUUAUAACUGAACAUGAAUGAACUGAACGUGAAUGAUAAGCUACAAAGGGCCAGAUGGGUACACAUACGACUUAUUGUGGCCACGGAGUGGCAUAUCGUCCAAACAGGAGUAGCAGUUUUCCUGUAAGUGCUUCUUGUUAUGGGUCUCAUGGCUUGUGGGUGGCUUAACCAUUACAGAGGCUAACAAUUUAACACGAACAGUUUAUAACUGAACAACAGCUAUUACAUAGUAGGUUGUUUUGGGAUAAUAACCGGACACAUCCUACUCUUUUGGUCCACAGGACGAAGGCAAGGUGCUAGCAGAAGAAGAGACUCCACAAAUUGAAAGGUAUGAAUAGAUGAACGUGAUUUAAGCCGUUGUCUUUUUUGUUUUCUUUUUUGCUCAUUAGUGGGGCAGAGGAACCUUUUAAUAUAAACCAAGCGUUCAGUUCCCAUUAGACUGCUUUGCCCCUCCAAAAAGGCCGCCAUCCCUUUGUUUACUUCUCCAACGAGGCCGCUUUAACAUAACAGACAGACCCUACAUAAUUAUUGUUCCGUAAUAUGUCGGAGAAUUUUAAUAUUAGCCCAUUUGCAUCAAGAAAUCUGGUAAUGGAACCAGAAACAGAAUUGGACACCAACAAUGUGGAAGGUCACAUAUUGUAAUGGAGGAUUUUAAGAGGGAGAGUAAGGAUUUGCAAGGAUUUGCAUGGCUGCCAUGUUGCAAGAAAUGAUGUCCUUCCUAAGUAGAGGGCAUAUUCUCAGCUUAGUGUCAUCGCACUUUAAUUCUCACUUAUUCUUAAGUGGAUGUCAAAAGUAAUUUCCUUUUGGUGUCCAAAAGAUAAGGAGACUUGGAUACCCCAGUAAUGAUACUGUUCCGAGAAAUGAUCACAUUUGUCGCAUUUAGCAUCCACCCUUAUUCAAAUGUUCACAUGGCUCCAGUGGUUCAAAAGGUGGGUAACCCUGUCUACCAGGUACAUGGAGGUCGUUAUCCACUGGAUAACACAAUUGGCUUCCCUAAGACCUAUCCAGUGGACAGUGAUUUAAUCGUUGGAAAGCUUCUUUUGAACAAUAGGGUCUAGUGCGUUAACAAAAAAAGGAAUAAAAUAACGACAACAGACAAACAAACAAAUCUUUACACAUUCUAGUAAGUUUUUGGCCUUUUUUUUUUUUAAUUAUUAUUUUUAUUUAUUCAUUUAUUUAUGUAUUAUUUUUUUGUGAAAACGCUGACUUCAUGAUCGAAAAUAAAGUUCACUCUUUGAGCCUGUUUUUUUCUGCUGUUGCUUCCCAGUUACCCUUGUUUAAAAACAUGGCCAGCAAAAAAGUCAAGAAGCUUGCGUUACAUAGUUCAAACAUCAAUUGUUUCGUUUUUUCCUUACUAGUUAUGAAGACAUCAUGUUUGGAGAUGAUGAGGGGGAAGAGAGACCUGGAAUGAAAGCGAAGAAAAAGGUAAAAAUUUCCAUUUCACAUAUUUUGUUUGUUUUUUGUGGGAAGCUCCUUUUAAUAUUCAUCUUUUCUGGUAUUUUCAGCUCUUUUCUUCAGGGCUCUCUUUAUAUUAUUAAAACCCUAUUUUUUGUCCCGGAAAUCUUUAAUCUGUCGCUAAUGAUAGGUUUACUUGUCAAUGUUUUUUCUUUGCUGAGCGCAGUUGAUUGAUAGACUGAUUCAGCGAUUUACUGACUGCUGCUUUCUACAUUUAUGAAUAUAUUUCAUCCUACAGGCAAACAUGGACAGUAAAACAAACCAACGAGCUAAAGCUCCAAAAGCCUGGAUCCGAGAGGGAACUGAUGAGGAGCCAGUUGAUUUCCUUGACCCGAAAGUGGUGCAAAGGGUCGUCGGUAAGUCUUUUGCUCUCCUUUUAUUUUACAGUUGUAUGCAGAACUAGCCGGCAUUUGGAUGGAAGCGUGACUGACAAUGGUUUUGUUUUGCUAGAAGUCUUAGUGCUUUUAGUAUGUAAGUGAGAUCUACUUCGCAUAUAAGAAUUUCGAACAUGAUUUACUUAUCUCCCAUAAUCAACCUUGUUGCCCUUCUGCCCACUCAACAAAAUGUUGCAUAACCUUUGCUUUUCAUUUUUUCUGGAAAUUGCAGUGGUCCAAAGAAAAAUUAAAGACAAUGCUUAUGUAAAAUUCUGAGGGCAACCAAGGGAAGGUGUAUUAUGGGAGGUGAGCAAAUGGUGAAUACCAUUGUCUCCUCGCUUUUCUGAAUGUCACUAAAACACUCUUGACACUGUGCUAAGUACAAAAUAUUUUGUGUCAGCUGUAUCGAAACUUCCACUAUCUUGCAUUUCCACGUUUCUCUUUGAAGCCAGCGACCCCACAAAGCCUACCAAGCGUAAAAAGACGGACGAUUUUGAGACCUCGGCCGAUGGAAAGCUGAUAAUCAGGGAUGACGAGUCCGAGAAUGAGCUGCAGGAGCCUGGAGCCAAGCGCAAAAGAAAACCAGGUGAUGGUUGAUUGAUUGAUUGAUUGAUUGAUUGAUUGAUUGAUUGAUUGAUCGAUCGAUCGAUCGAGACUAAAGUUCAAAUGACCUCCGAGAGAGGCCAAGAGUAUCCUAUCAUCCAAAUACAGUUAAGGUUUUUUUUUGUUUAAUACUUCAGGGAAAUUCCGAUUUUUCGAAGCACCUUUGGAAAAGCAAAGUGUUUCAAAUUAUGGGGAAUUUCGAAUAUUCGAGGUUUCAAAAAAAUGAUGAUUCUACUGCAAACUUUUAAUGACAAACGACAGAACUCUCCUUUACAAUUCAAUUCACUCCAGUUACUUGGUUUGCAGCGAGAGGCCAACAUUUAAAUAUCAUGUAUUAAAUUUCGCAUUUCACUUAUGCCUUUCUGAUGGUAUUUACUUCCGUUAUUACCUUUGUCAGGUUUCCAGGAUUCAGAUGAUGACAUGGACGAGGUAAGUUAAUUAUUAAAGUGUUAUUAUUUGCAUUUUCUACAGGGGGACGCAUUAUUUGUGGAAAAAUCGAAAUAAUGAAAUCUGAGUUUCUCGAUUUUAGUUACCUUUUGUUCCGUUGUACAAAAACAGUUACAGUUUACCAGCUACAUUUGAUCUGAUGAGGUCGUAGUUAAACUGGUUUGGGAGAAUGUUUGUUAUCACAAAACCUUAGGGGUGAAAGCUAAGAGCAAAGUCAACGCUUACAACUUGGAAUUGCAACCCUGUACUAUCCUAAUUCUUGUAUGUUGUAUAUUUUGGAAAAACAACUAUAACCAAGCCGCCUGCCUUUUUUUCCACCAGAAUCCAUCUUUGAGAAAAAAGAAACGGAAAUCCUUUGAAGCUGAUGCUGAGGAAGAAGGCGAGAACCAAGGUCUGUGUCUGUGUAGGUUGGUCGGUCUGGCUAUCUGUCUUUCUGUCCCUGUAUCUAUCUAUUUGUCUGUCUGCCGGCUGGUCGGCUGGUCGGUCUGUCUGUCUGUCUCUAUAUCUGUCUGUCUAGCUUUUUACAUUGAGCAAAAGGUUAUCUACGAAGCGUCCGCUUUCUCUAACCUUUUGUUUGUUUGUUCGUUUUUUGCAAAUUGGAGCAAAUCUUUUGACAGUUUGGUCUACCUGUCUUGUCGUUUCACUAGAUUUUUAAUUUAUUUCGUUUAGUUAAAUGAAAUCGGCGAUUUGUUUUCCUCACAGGACUUCCAUCAAAACGCGGAAAGAGUGAAAAGCCCUUUGGAUCAGAAUAUAAGGCCAGGGUAUGCUUCAGAAAAUGAUUAAUUGAGACCAAGUAAUUGAUUAUUAAGUUUCCUAUGCGAGCCCAAAUCUGAUGGAUGACGACCAAAGGAAACAGCGUGCAGUUGUCAGGGACUCGGCUGAAGCAGAAGUAACGGACAUGUGCCUUUUCUUUCACCCACUUCAACGUGACUCGCACUGAGACUUAUCCUGAAACAUAUUACUGGGCAAUGUGUUUAAAAGAUGACCCCUCGUGUCUUGUACGACCAUACUCAUUGAUACCUAGCCCUGUUGAUCCUAAGAGGAAUCGAUCAUGUCCUAUGGGCCACAUGAGCGCUUCCUGGGUACUCGUCUUUCACAUUCAGGAUCCUCAGUCUAUCUUGAAGUGGACAAAAAUAAUGACCCCAUUUCAUGCUGACUCCCCUUCAAAGUAUUUAUCUUUUUGCUGCCUUUCAGACAAGAAAGUUGUCUUUGUUUGCGUUUAUAGAAAGCUGGUGGGGAUGUUAAAAAGAAAGGAAAACCUGACCCAUUCGCUUACGUACCUCUGCAGCGCAACGUACUCAAUAAACGGUAAGGAUUCCAGAUUUUAUCCUAAUACAUUAAAUAUACUAGCGCCAACUCAGACGUCCGUUUCGUUUGUGAAACCCCAAAGUAAGAAGAAACAUUGCUUUGCUUAAGUUAUUCGUGAAGUAUUUGUUACCUCAGUGCCGUUUUCAGUAACAAGUCGUUGUUUCUUUUUUCAAACAGAAAACAAAGAAAAAUGGCUGGGCAGUUUAGGGGACUAGUGCGGGCUACUAAACGAGGAGCAGCUAAUGCCAGGCCCAAAAAAGCGAAAAGAUAG